CUUCACCCUCCACACUCACGCAUCAUGCCGCCGAAGAAGCCGGCUGGCCACGUCGUCCAGGCUGAGGUCGCCCUGCAGCAGUCGCUGAAGAACUGCCUCGUCAACCUCCCUGCGUCGCUUGUCUCGGUGCUUGUGAAUGCGAACGCUGUCGCGCAGAACGUGGUCGUCGAGCUCUCGUACCGCCAAGCCCCUCCGCCUGGCGCUUCAGACACACGCAAUGCAUCCCCGCAGAAGUCGAUAUUCGUGGGAUGGACGGGCAUGCAGAGCAAGCGCAGGCUGGCAGCCGUGGUCGACAGGAACGGCUUGAGAACAAGUGCAACAGCCAGUCAGCAGGACGUUCCCGCUGUCGAGGUCGAUGCGACGUUCGCCAGGCUCGUCGGGCUGAACGAAGGUCAGAAAGUGGGGAUACAGUUGCACUUGGACCCCCCGCAGGCGCAUACUAUCAACAUUGAGCCCUUGACCCCAGUCGACUGGGAGAUGAUAGAGCUUCAUGCUCAGUUCCUCGAACUCAACUUCCUCUCCCAGAUUCGCGCAUUGCCAACCCCCCAGGCGCAGACACCACAUCCAUUGACCCUCCACCUCUCCCCAACAACCACCGCAAAUAUCAUCGUGACCUCGGUCGCGCCUGCGCCGCCAGCCGGUUCGCUCUUCGUCAAGAUCUCUCCUGACGCCGAAGUCAUCGUUGCGCCAAAGACGCGCCAGAAGUCAGAUGGAAGUUCAGCAAACCGAGAAAGCAGAAGCGUUGGUGCGGCGUCGAGAAAGAGUGGGAAGAGUGCCGCAAGCACCGUGCGGCGCCGAAGCGGUAGAGAUGAAGUUGCUAGCAAGGGUGCAGUGUUCCUUCGAGGCGUUGACCGCAGCGUGGCUCACGAGUGGUUCGACGAAGACGAAGAUGCAGAUGCAGAUGGCCUCAAGCUCUGGGUGGACAAGGACGUACUUUGGACAAAAGCGCUCAGAGGAGCAACAUGGGUUUCUGUGGCUAUCAUCAAGCCUGCAGGACUGCAAGAGCCGGUGGACAUGUCGAAAGAGCAGGACCAAGAAAGACCUGCUGCUCGUGUAGUUGCGAGGAUAGGGACGUGGGAAGAUGCGCCAGACAGCCGGCAUGUUGCACUCUCGGCUGACCUCUGCAAGGUUCUGGGUUUCGAAGGCUUCGUUGGCGGGCUAGUUCGCAUCGAAGGCGCCCCAAGUCAGACGCCAAAACCGUCGGCCAUCAAGCCAUCAAACCCAGCUUCCAAAGACGCAAAGGAGGCAGUCGUCAAAUCCAUCAAAGUCAUACCGUUCGCUUCGGCCGCGUCACUGGGCAAUGCAAACCUCAGGUUUGGUGGCGAAUCGAAACAGGAGCAGGAAGAUGCGAUACAAAGGCUGAAGACGAUAUACGGCAAGAAGAAUGGUCUUUUGGAUGGUCCCGUCACAGACGGCAUGAUACUACCCCCACUUUCAGACUCAGAGUCGAGCUGGCAAGGAGGCAUUGUCAAGUUCGAGCCGUCGCAACCCUCGAGCGGAGUCUCGUGGGUGCUCUUCCCCGAACGAAAACCGACUAUCGAACUGGGACCUGAGAUCGCGACGCCAUCGAGCUGGGCCAAGGGCUGGCAGCAGGGUGGUCCAUUACCCAAGAGCCCCCAGGAACUAGUUGGCAUCGAUCCUCUCAUCGAUCAGCUGCGCUCACACUUGACACAUAAUUCGUCCGUCUUGCUCAGUGGUGGACUAGGGGCCGGUAAAUCGGACUGCGCGCAACUACUUGCACACCAAUUACGAACAGAAUAUCUCUUCAACGCCAUCUACUUCCCUUGUCGUAAACUGGUAACGGACGAAACAAGAGUAGCGACUAUCAAGGAAACACUAAACAGACUUUUCGCGACUGCAGCCUGGAGUGCAAGGUCGGGUGGUAACGCUGUAGUGAUUCUCGAUGAUCUUGACAAGCUUUGUCCAGUAGAGACCGAGCUUCAAGUGGGUAAUGAGAACGGCCGCAGCCGUCAUGUCAGUGAGAGCAUCGUCUCCAUCGUAAGACAGUAUUGCUCGAUCGGCUCGGGAGUAGUACUUCUUGCCACAGCGCAAGGGAAAGAGGCACUGAACAAUGUUAUCGUUGGCGGCCACAUCGUCCGUGAAAUGGUCAGCUUGAAGGCGCCAAACAAGGACGGAAGACGGAAGGUGCUCGAGCAGCUAGCAUUCAAGGAUGCCAAACCUCAGUCACAACUACAGACAAACGGUCACGCUUUCCCACCAUCACCAUCGAACAGUCGGCCAAGCACAUCACACCGCAGCCAACCUAGCGAUGGCAGCAUACAGCACAAGAAAUCAGACGACUACGGCUUUGUCGUCGAUUGCACCAUCGACUUCCUCGACCUCGCCGGUCAGACGGACGGGUACAUGCCAGGGGAUCUUGUCCUUCUCACCUCAAGAGCCCGUAACGAAGCUCUCAUCCGCUCAGUCAGCGAUUUAUCGAACACCGUCACCUUGACAAGAGAUGACUAUGCAGCGGCAAUCAAAGGCUUCACCCCAGCCUCACUUCGAAACGUAACGCUGCAGUCCUCGACAACCAAAUGGGACUCUAUCGGCGGCUUGACAGCAACACGGCAGACCCUUCUCGAAACACUGCAGUAUCCCACUACUUACGCACCAAUCUUCGCUCAGUGCCCGCUGCGGCUACGCUCUGGUCUGUUGCUCUAUGGCUUCCCCGGCUGUGGUAAGACACUGCUUGCAUCCGCUGUAGCAGGAGAGUGUGGUCUCAACUUCAUCUCUGUCAAAGGUCCCGAGAUUCUCAACAAAUAUAUCGGCGCAUCUGAGAAGUCCGUCCGCGACCUCUUCGAGCGCGCCGAGGCCGCACGACCCUGCGUCCUCUUCUUCGAUGAAUUCGACUCCAUCGCACCAAAGCGUGGCCACGACUCCACCGGCGUCACAGACCGCGUCGUCAACCAGCUGCUAACACAAAUGGAUGGUGCUGAAGGCCUCAGCGGCGUCUACGUCCUCGCCGCAACAUCGCGCCCCGACCUCAUCGACCCCGCGCUGCUGCGUCCAGGCCGUCUCGACAAGUCCCUCCUCUGCGACAUGCCCGACGUCGAAGAGCGCAUCGACAUCCUCAAGGCCGUAACCCGCAAACUCCACCUCGCGCCCAGCGUCCUCUCCACCUCCCCUAUUGGCCAAAACCUCCGCGAGAUCGCCCAGCGCACAGAAGGCUAUUCCGGCGCCGAUCUGCAAGCCGUCGUCUACAACGCGCAGCUCGAGGCCAUCCACGACGUGCUCGGGGACACGGAUCUCAGCGCGUCGCCCAAGGGCAAGAAAGGUGCUGAGGCGAAGGGAGAUGCGAAGGGGAUACCGGACUUCAGCUACUUCCGGUACGGCGACUCUUCCUCUCCCUCGGAUUCGAACGCGACUUCGUCCCUCGCGACUUCCCAUCAGCUCACUGAGCGCGCCCUCAUCGCCCAGAAAAUCCAGGCCCUGCAGGCCCUCCGCCGCAAGCAGAAAGCUCUCGCGCGUCCGCAGAGCAGCGGAAAGGAUAACAAUGACGACGACGUGGGUGAAGAGGAGCAGGAGAGGAAGGAGCCGGAGAUUCAAUGGAAGCAUAUCGAGAGCUCGUUGAGCAGCGGACGAAGUAGUAUUAGUGCGCAGGAGAGGCAAAGGUUGGCGAGGAUUUAUAGAGAAUUCGUUGAGGGACGGGAUGGGAAUUUGCCCAGUGGGCAGGGAGGAAAUGAGAUUGGGGGGCGGACGAGUUUGAUGUAGAGAUCUGCUGAUGAUGAUGAUGAUGAUGUUUAGAUCUGGUGUGGUUGUUGUGUGGUGUUCAUGGCAUGUUGAUGUAGCACCUUGACCGUUGUAUAGCUGGAUGUAGAUCUAUCGUGU